AAUAGAUUUGCGAAGACGGCAAGCCAAUAUGAUCCUGCCCUGGAAUGACGGCACCUUUGCUGAGGACGAAGCACUGCAACGACGAGUUCGAAAGAUGCAUCCCUCUAGUGUACGGGCAUUGCAGCAGUUCAAGCAUGUGGCGAUGGAGAGGAAGAGUGGAGGUGGAAUUGGAGGAGCACUUGUAGUUGAGGAUAUAACUACGUCUAGUGCUAAAGCUGGAGCGGGCGGGAAGAAGAGCGUGGAAAUGCAGAAUUUUUCUGGCCUUGGUGGUGGCGCUUCCUCCUCUACUGGUAGAGAUGAAACCCAAUGGACUCGUUUCCUCGACUUCAUGAUGGCAAUUGCCGACAACUACUACGAGGAGGCGGGAGCUGGCAUCUCGGCUCUUCCUGCAGAAGUGAGCGAUCUUAUCCUCUUUUCUUCAGUGUGCUACCGCAAGAUCCACAACGAGAUCCGGGACACCAAACAUUACCACAUAUUCGGAGAAAACGCAGGAAAACAGAAUCGCGCUCGCGUCAGCUUCAAGAAAAAGCUAGCACUGGGCACGCAAUUAGUCUCAUUGCGCAAGCUUUUGCGGGUUUUUGCGGUGAGCCUUGUUUGCUCGCUCAUGAUGCAGCUUCUCAUACCGGCGGCAGUACUCGGCUUUAUCGCGUAUCUCGUCUUCAGCCUACAUUUCGAAUACCUUCUGACUGAAGCAAAGGCUUGGAUAGCCUUGUUUCUCUACGAUAUGCUGAUCAACAACGAGCAGAUUGGCGGAGCGGGAGGGACGAAUGUGAGUCGGAUAAAAGGCUGGAAGUUUGUGGAGCAGUUCAGCUAUUUUCAGUACCACUGCAUAUGGAUUCUUCCAGCUCUAUACCUGCUGCGCAAACAAUUGUACAAGCGGGUUGGACUGCGGUCUCAUAGACUUGGAUUCCCAGCGAUGUUCCUCUGUGGGUCGAGUGCUCUGGCAGAAAAGCACGGGAAACGUAGCCUCCUUCCAUCAAUGGCAGCAGCGAUGACGGCACCGUGUGGAGGUGGUGGUGUAGGUGGACUAUUUUCUUCUUCCUCUAGUACAGCAGGGGGAAAAAUUAUAGUUUCAAACACAGCGUCGUGUGCUACGGAAACUACGCGAACGUGCUUUGGGCGACUGUAUCUCUCAACCGCAGCCAUCGUCUCCAACUUCGCGAGAAAAGUCUUGCCCAAGUUAAACGGCUCCCAAGACUGGUACCUAGAUGCCUGGCGCUUUUGGGUUUGCGUCCUCUGCGUGGUCGCCACCACGUGGACCAUAGCAUGGGACAAUUACCUCGUCUACCGCGGUGUCUGGGGCUACGAGGAGACAGAUCGAGUGCUUUUUGUCAUAGGAUGGGUUCCGAUCGAGGAAUACGCGUUUUUCUCUUUGGAGACGAUGCUAUGCGGGUUGAUUUGGGCUCUCCACUUUCCAAACGUGGAUGAGUUGAAGCAACCGCCGGUGAGGAUAGUAGAUCGAGAUUGUGAAGACGGACAGGCGACUACUUCUGCUCUCGCAAAAAUGUACUCUACUCCUGCCCUCUUUUCGAAGACCUCUACUCCACGUGGGAACUCUAGUCCUUCGUUGAGACGGACUGGGUAUUUCCUCAUGUUAUUCGCUUUUGCGACGGGUUGUGCGCUCAUUCAGAUGGCAGGAGGACUCCAAUUUUCGUCGACAGGGAAGUUUAGUGAGACUGAAGUUAAGGUAAUUGCAAAUGCAAUUGUAACGCUAGUAGACACUUCCUAGAUCUUCUUCUAGUAGACACUCCUAGAGUAAUCACGAGGAUUGUUUUUCAUUUAGAAGUUAGAUUGUUCAAGAACGAUGACAAGAUUCUUCAAGAAUCUGCAGUCAUACAGAGACACAUACACUUACACUUGCUCUUCCACAACAAAGUAAUGCUUCUCUACUUACACCUUCACCUUCUAACACCAGCUCUUCAGGCUUGUACCUAGGUCUUAUCCUGAUUUGGGCCACUCCGGUUCUCUUGAUCCAGUGGUUCUACGGUGCAGAGUGUCUAUGUCGUGGCGACUCUCUCGUGUGGAAAAAGGUAGUGGGAAUCAGUACAGUGUAUCUCUCCCUCACCGACGUCUGGGCAAUCCGACAGGGUGUCUGGCGCAUCAACCCUGUGUUCAUUGCGCCAUUAACAGUACAACCCUUUGGCCACUGGCUGCCAUUCGAAGAGGCCUUCUUCUUCCUCUGUACAUCAAUUAUGUGCGUGUGGGGCCUCCACUUAGCGAUGACAGUGGUUUGCGUAUGGAAGAUGCACUCUGCGGUGCCCCCGAAUACUUUAGAACCGACGUGGUCAUCGCCUGCGAAGGAACUAGACCCAUCAUCUAUUUUUACGCUUGGUUUCGAACGAGGACCAGCACCGCAACAGAAGAUGGGAGAAAUAGGGCAGCCUCAGGGUGGUACAGGUUUGGAAACAACAAGUGCUUCUGCCGCACCAGCUGUAGAUCCAGACGUCUUCACUUUUUGGGAUGCAUUGUACGCCGUUCAUGUAUGGGAGGUAAAACGGAAAAGCGAAACACCGACGAGCACGAGUCCGCCGAAGAGGAUUGAGAUUGACAGUUGUACCAGUGGUCCUGGUUCCGGGACGAGUGAGCAGAUAAGGGGAGCGACAUCAAGUUCUCCCUCUACCUCCUCCACGUCUUCUGGAAUGCUAGUUGGCGCAACACUGUUCUCAAACGGCCUCGCGCUUGCUGUCUUUGGUCUUCAUUUCUUCGUUUUUGACCUAGGUCAGGUGAGCUUGGUUUCGCAGGUUUGGUUUUUACUCCUGACCGUGCCUCUUCUCGGUUUGCCGCACGGUGCUUCGGAUCCUAUUCUGUGGUAUCUGUUGUCUAGAUCAACCGCAACGUCAAGUAGAACCUACGGCAAGGCAGUUCUCGUUGGCGGUCGAAGGAGUUUCAAUGUCCUCCUCAGUAGUAUGAAGUCCUACAUCCUGCGCGCUAUGCUCUUCCCAGUGUUUGGGCCACGGAUGUUGGGCAGACUUUUUGGCAUAAAAGACUCAGCCCACUUAUCUGACGAUGAAGGAGAGGACAGCAAGGUCUUAGCAUCAUCUUCUGGUAAAAGUACUGGUUCAAGAACAAAUAGAACAACAACCUCCAGAAGUGGUGCCACAACAGCUCAUCCUCUUAUUUACCACAAAUUUUCAACGCUUUCGUUCUUUGCAUGGGUGGCAUGGUAUCUGGGAUUGAUGUGGGCAACCUAUUUGGCGUGGGAGUAUACAUCAGUAUUGGCGUUGCAGCUGUUUCUUGUCACGUCUUUGUACCAUUUUGGAGAAGGCGACCACCAGUGGUGGGAAUUACUGACUUCACCUCCUGUUAUGAUCAGAAUGAAGAGCACUUUUCAGCAAACUCAAAAUAAGCGAGCUACUGACUGAAAUAAGAGAGGCUUGACUACACUCCUCUUCUUUCAGUAUCUCCCUUAUUUUCAAUAGUUACUCGGUUAUUUCAGUUUUUCGAAUAGUUAUUCGAGACUCCUCGUCGUCCCGAGAGCAUGUUGUAACAAAAUAUUAGUUUUGAGGACACUAUCAUUAUCAUUAUCAUCAUGCUGCCCUUAUGAUAUUAGAGUUUUUAUAAAAAUUAUACUAUAACUAUAAAAACUCUAUCAUAUUAGCAUUGCCGUCUUCCUCUUCUAAUAGUAAAAAUACACUACCAGGAGCCUCAUCAAGCCCCGCAAGUCCUUCGUUGAAACAGCAACUGAAGAGUGUGCUGACCUACUUUGUGCGAGGUGGCAUGAUUCUGGUCACCAUCUCCAGAGCUCCUCUGGACACGCUGCGUGUCUUUGUCCCCCUGACCUCAGCUGCCGGAACGCAGGAGAAAAAGCACGAGGAACAACUGUUCUCUUUGAUGUUUAUGGCUUGACUUUUGAUGUGUGACUGUUGGAUGUCGCACGAUACCUUUACGCCCGAAGGCUGAGCCUAAGGUGAUUCAUCGAUGGAAUCUAUCUUAGAAAAAGAUCUUGAGGGCAAGACAACUAUGAUCAUGGCUUCCAAGUAAACGAGACUUGUCAACAAAAUCCCAUCUUCUCUAAGAGGCUAUUUCUCCAGCUUCUAUACCAGAUCCAUUUCGUUGCUACUGGCGUACUCCUGUUUUGGACGGUUUUGUUGAAAAAAGAAUCAAAGUCCGAACCUGACGCCGUACUUGACAUCAACAGGACGACUAACACUCUCAUGCAGUCAACAGGUGGUUGGUAUCCACAAUUCAACAGGACGACUAGCAGUCUCAUGCAGUCAACAGGUGGUCCUUGGUAUCCACAAUUACGACUGAGUAUUCGUACUCUAGAUGUGAUGGAAAUCGUGCUGCUCUACGCCCUUUUCCAUCAGUUACCACCGUUGAUAGCGUUCGGGAUUUACUUCAACUUCUACCACAGUCUGCGGCACGUGGUGACGAUGUGGCUCGAAUGGUGCGACUACGAAUCUUGUUCACCUUCGAAAGCAAGUUCUUCCAUGCACGAGAGCAGGGAUCAUGACCACCAUAUAGCUGCACCAAGUAAUAGCGCCACUUGCUCUAGUGGUACUUCAUCCACUUCCAGCAAUCCUUCAUCCAUGCUAAGACUCUUCUGUGGUGUAACACUAGUUUUCACCGUCUUGGCGAUCCUUCUGAUCGUCCUUGUGGUUGAUACCGCUUCUUCAGCGCAUUUCAUUGGAAUGCUGGCUAGACAAGUGAGGCUGCUUUUUAUAGGCCUGAGCUGCGUCACAACGCCACAUAUGAUCAUGGUUGCAGCGAGGUUUUAGAAGUGAUGUAACUGGAGGAUCGAGGAACGAACUAGGCUACUUAUACUUUGUCCUUCACGUUCUUUUUCUUGUGUUACACUUGUUACACAAAGUCAAAUUCAUCACAUCAUGCACACAAAUAUCAUGAUUAUGGCUAUUCCAAUUCCUCAUAUGAUAUUUAACCAGCAAGUAGAGGUGUUGCCAUGAUUUUCUGUAUGUUCAUGUGUCAAUGCCCAGAUCCCGAAUACAAACGUAAGAACAAAGUAACUAGAUCACCAGGAGGAAAGUGAUGAAGAUCAUGGUCACCACUAGGAUAAUGAUCAAGAUCAUAAUCACCAUUAGGAUCAUGAUCAUCAACAACGAACAACACAACGAUCAAACCACUAGCACCAUUAGGAUCAUGAUCACACUACUAGGCUGACUAACUUACUAAACUAAACAACUACCAUGACCACACAAGAAGACAACAACAACAAGGAGCAAAAACCACAAUCACGAUUCUCAUACUGAUAUCAGUGACCGGUCAUUUGGGCUAUUGCAUAAAACAAAGACAAUCACGCUAUUGCCGUGAUAUAAGAACGAUUGUGCGUCAAGGGUGCCACUGUGUUCGCUACUUCAUAAAUGGUAGCGGAGAGUAACUAGCUUAAUCGCUUUGCAUUCUUAGAAAAUUUUUAAGUAACUUUUGCCAGUUGCUAUAAAAGAUUUUUUUUCAGACGCAAAUAACAUCCGUUAACGGAGCAACUUUAGUUGAUUUGUUUUUCUUUUCUGAAAUAGCAUGGUGAUCCGCCUAGAGCCCGACUACGAUUAGAAACGCAAAAAUUUCCCAUCUCGGAAGCCACGGACAUUCUGUCGCGUGGAUUCCACUCGGGUGAAAUUUUCGCACCCCGACAGCCCGCUUGGAGAUUUUUUUCUCGCAAGCACCCGCUCGAGGAGCAAACCAAAACUGUUAGGUAGAUAAGAUUCUCACGCAAAAGUUUUCACUGUCCUGUAGGUCUUUUGUCUCGGAGAUUAAGAGUCAUUGUCAGGCAAGCAAGUCUUACCGACAUCGGCUGCUUCUCACGGACAUCAGCCGACGGAGAGGAAAUCCAUCAGCGGAGAUCCAAUCCACCAACAGCCCAGGUUUGAGCUCCAGCCCCGAGCAGAACAACGGUGGGAACAAGGGAGAAGGAACCGCCACAAGGAUAAAGUCUACAGUUCUUCACCAGGUAGAGACAGUUGCGAAGAUUGCCAUUGUCAGGAGUUAAAAUCUCCGACAGCAAGGCCUUUCUUACGCACUACACCAGGGAAGUCCAAAAAGACAGGAACCCCUCCCCCAGCAAGCACACCCCCCCCCCGGACACCAAGAUGUCGAAGAAGAUCGACCCUUGGCUCCCCGGAGUCUCUUGGCGAGACUACAGACGCGACAUUCUUCUCUUCGUUGAGUCAACCGAACUCGCCGAGGACAAGAUAUGCGCUACAGUCAUCACCAAGGGCUUCAAGCCGAACUACGAAAAGUGGUAUCGUGCCGCGCUCCAGAUGCCAGCGCACUGGCGUACACAAAAACAAGACCCGGCUUACGACAGCGCUGACCCAGCAGAGAGGACCGCAAUACGGGACUUCAAACCCGUGCCGCGCCUCAUCCUCUGGAUGGAUCGCCAAACAGAGUAUUCGGAUCCUAUUGAGGCCGCAAUGCGGUUUAUCAGUAUCUUCCGAUAUCAGAGAACGGCCGGACAGGACGUCACGGCUUGGCUACACAACGUUGCCGAGCGCGUGAACGAGGUAAAAAGAGAGGGAACUUUUGCCGCGCAUAUGACGGGCGCCGUCUUGGUCCUCUUGCUAUACUGCAACGCAGGACUAACAACGCUACAGCGCCAGGGUAUUCGCCAAAACUUCGAUUUGGCGAAAGCAGGACAGACAGGGCACAACUCCGAAGUGAUGACCCAACUACUAAAGCGCGUAGCAGCCGAUGACGCGUCGGCAAAAGAACACGACCACGCCGUUGACGAGCAGGGAGAUGCUGUCAUGGCUUACAUCAACAAGUUUCAAGGCCGCAAGCCUUGGACGCCCAAGCGCGGAGUACCACAAAGGCAGCGAAACGGAGGUGGCAGAGCCUACGUCGCCGGAGAAGGCCCAGAGCAGGAGCUCACAGAGCACGACGACGAGGACGAAGACCACGACGGGGAAGAACAGUCACCGGGGGCGCACACCGAAGAAGAGGGUGACGAAGAAGAAGACGACGACGAGGUAGCAGCCUACCUGGCAAGCAACCAGUGCCGCCGCUGCGGGAAGACGGGACACUGGGAAAAGGAUUGCCGACAGCCCAAGAAGUGGGGCGGCAAUAAUAACAGCAGACCAGGUGGCAACAACAACGGCAGCCAAGGCUACCGUCGUCAAGGAGGUUACAACAGUAACAAAACAGGCAACAGCGGCAACUACGGCGGCCGCAAGCCUAACGGGGGAGGAAGACAAAACAAAACCUACACAGCAAACUUAUCGCACCAGAUCAGUUUGCUAGCAAAGGUAGAACCAGUCGAAGCAGCAAUCGACACCGGGUGCGGCGUAAGCUGCGUGCCCGAACCAAGGUUCAACGACUUUCACAACAUGUACCCAGAGCGUGUUUUGAAAGUUGAAGAGGAAGCUGCAGGGGGCAGCAUUUCGUUUGGAAACGGCGACGGAUGUCCAGUAACGAAGCGAGCGUCGGUGAAUAUUGAAGGUUUCGGUCCGCGAAUCUUCCGUAUUUUCAGCCCGCCCAAAGGACUAACGCCGAACCAAAAAGCAGACAUGCAGCAACGCAUGUCAAGAGUGCCAUUCUUAUUAGGCAAUGAUAGUCUUGGAAGUGAGGCUAUUAUUGACUACGGGAAGAACACUCUGAAAGUCGGAAAGAAGAGUUUGAGUUUUCGCCGCCGCGGAGGUCUUAUCAUGUUCAACAUGGUAGGCAACACACAGGCAAACUUCGCAUACGAUAUCUCCGGAAAUCUAUGCUCGUUUGCAAAGUACGCAGCCGCUACGAACGCAAGCCAGGGAGCGGCUUGGGCAGCCAGAUUUAAGAUUGCCAAGAUCUUAAGGUGGAUCAUGUUCAUGCUGCUUAUGCUAGCAGGUGACGUGGAAGCCCAACCAGGACCAGUGACUGUACAUCACUGGGCAGACGAGCACGUGUGUUGGCGCGGCGAGUGGCAACUCUCGGACCUAGAAGAGCUGUGCAAAGAUGCAGCGAGUGUAACGAAGCUACACAAACAGUUGUGGCAUUACAAGUCCGACCAAGCGUGUUCUCACUUCAAGCCCCUACUUGAAGAUGAUGACACACUUGCACGAAAGUUCCGACAGGCUUGGGACUUAGCAGUUGACAGAUGUACCAUCUGCAACAACCAAAAACGUUCCUUGCCGCAUCCGAAAACGGGAAUCUCAUACUGAUAUCAGUGACCGGUCAUUUGGGCUAUUGCAUAAAACAAAGACAAUCACGCUAUUGCCGUGAUAUAAGAACGAUUGUGCGUCAAGGGUGCCACUGUGUUCGCUACUUCAUAAAUCAUGUUGUUGUUGUAAGUUUUAGUCAUAAGAAGUGCUUGGAAGUUUGCUGCGGCGCGAGAUGUCGGUCUUGAUCGAGCAUCGAGAACAACAAAGCGAAGCACCAUUCUACCUGCACUAUUACAUGAGUAGGGUUAGGGUGGACGUGGAAAGAGUACUUAAGUAUGUCCUCCUGAGUUUUUGAAUGUCAAAGAAGUUUCCCACCUCUUCAUUUAAAUUUGUAACUGAAACAUCUUCAUCAGCAUCUACAAACAUCAUCUUCAUGCGAUGUUGGUCAAACAAUUUCUUCACAGUGGAACCACGAUUUCCAGUAAAAAAGUAGAGUCAAACAUCAAGAUCAACUUACAUUGGAGAUUUUGUAAGUUGAGCAUGUGUUUUUUUCGAUGAUAAUGUCAAAGUAGAUUUUGAAUGCAGUCAAAUCGUUUUCACAGUACAGAGGGCUUCUCCUUCUCGAGCCAGGUGAAAAGGUCAAUCAUUUUCUUAUCACUUCUUUUGCGAUCGCCAGUGCGAUCUUGAUGGCUGAAGUCUUCAACAAGAAGCUGCACCAUCAAAAGGUACUAGACUGAAGAUCAAGAUUCAAGUGCAAAUUCUAGCACCAUAAUCAGGACGCUGGCUUUCC